GUCACACGCCGUUACCGUGGAAACAGGCAACCAGCGUCUCAGGCAGUGUGGAGCGAAUGGUAAAGGAAGAUGGAGGAGAUCCACAGAGACAUCGAUACUGCAGGGACUGAGGCAGGAGGUGAGGAUGCGCUCGUGGGGAACGUUAGCAAGCUGGUGGUCUCCCCGCCUGGAUACACAGGAGCCCCUCGGAAAGGCCACCUCACCUUUGAUGCCUGCUUUGAGAGUGGUAACCUGGGAAGAGUGGACUACAUUAGUGAGUUUGAGUUUGACCUGUUCAUCAGGCCCGACACGUGCAACCCGCGCUUCAGAGUCUGGUUCAACUUCACUGUGGAGAAUGUGCGAGAGACUCAAAGGGUGAUCUUCAACAUUGUGAACUUCAGCAAGACCAAGAGCCUGUACAGAGAUGGCAUGUCUCCUGUGGUGAAGUCAACAAGUCGGCCAAAAUGGCAGAGACUUCCAGCCAAGAACGUAUACUACUACCGCUGUCCAGACCACCGGCGUAACUACGUCAUGUCGUUCGCCUUCUGCUUCGACCGCGAGGACGACGUCUACCAGUUCGCCUACUGCUACCCCUACACAUACUCCCGCCUGCAGCACUACCUGGCCAGCCUGGAGCGCAGGAACCUGGACUACCUGCUGAGAGAACAGCUGGGGCUCAGCGUGCAACAGCGCCGUCUAGACCUCCUGACCAUCACCAACCCCAUUCACCUCAGCCCAGACAGAGAGAAGAAAGUGGUCUUCCUCACUGCCCGCGUGCACCCAGGAGAGUCCCCAGCCUCCUUCAUCUGUCAAGGAUUUAUCGACUUCCUGGUCAGCGAGCAUCCCGUGGCCCAAAUCCUGAGGGACCAUGUGGUCUUUAAAGUCGUCCCCAUGCUCAAUCCAGAUGGAGUCUAUUUGGGAAACUACAGGUGCUCCCUGAUGGGCUUUGACUUGAACCGCCACUGGCAGGAGCCGUCCCCCUGGGCCCACCCCACCCUCCACGCAGUCAAACAGCUCAUCGUCCAGAUGAACCAGGACCCGAAGGUGAGUCUGGAGUUCUACAUCGACGUGCACGCUCACUCCACCAUGAUGAACGGGUUCAUGUACGGGAACGUGUUCGAGGAGGAAGAGCGUGUCCAGAGGCAGGCCGUCUUCCCGCGCCUGCUCUGCCACAACGCGCCGGACUUCUCCUUCUCGAGCACGUCCUUCAACAAGGACGUGGUGAAGGCAGGCACGGGCCGACGCUUCCUGGGGGGUCUGCUGGACGACACGUCCUAUUGCUACACCCUGGAGGUCUCCUUCUACAGCUACAUGAUGGCAGCCAGCUCCGCACCAGUGCCCUACACCGAGGAAACCUACAUGAAACUCGGCAGAAAUGUUGCCCGUACCUUUUUGGAUUACUACAGACUGAACAACCUCCUGGAUGACAACAAACCAGGAAGUCACAUCAACAGCCUGAACAUAUUGCCAAGUGGUCGCCAUGGGAACAAUAAUAGCAAUGGAAAGAACCAAGACGGCGAGAGGAAGCUCCAUGGAGUGAGAGGAGACUGUUAAACUCAGGGCUUUAGUGUGUAGCUCAGCCAACCAGCCAACCAGAGCAGAAUAAAUGUUCUUCCUUCAUAGAUGGCUUGCACAAAGAAAAUGGACAAUUGGCCAUCUUCAAGGCAAUAAGGCAUAUAAGGCAUAUACAAAAAAUGACUGAUACUCCACAUAAUAGCCUACUUAUGGAACUCUGAAGAGAAAUGCAGAACUUGUGAUUUAUUGUGCAUGUAAUAUCUUGAUUGCACUAUCAACUGUCUGCUAACAGGAUCAUUAUACAAGAGAUAGUGGGACAGCAAAGCCCAAAUAAAGUUUUUUUUUUUUUUUUUCAUUUUGGUUGCUCUGGUGGCCUUUGUAUCUUAGCUGGAAAGAAGAACACAGUGUGCUUUAACUCAGCUUCUUGCCUUUAAUCUCUUUCUGGUGUGUUUACUGUUGCAUGACCAUUGGUGUUAUUUUUGUAUGUUCAUUUUUUGUCUUCUGCCAGAGAUAUUUCAUGUUUGAGUUAUACACAUGCACUGGAAGAUUAUUUUGGAAGUUUGGAUUGGAUUUUGUUUGCUGCAAAAAUAAACACCAUCUUGAAACAUGAA